AUGCAUGUCUCUGAAGAGAAAUUAUCCGAAUUUCAUGAGCUCCUGAAAUUGUCAAAGAUCGGACCUGCGACAUGGUGGAAUCAGCACAAUGAUUGCCGCUUUGGAGUGUCUCGCGAGUGGCUAAGCCAGGCGAAAGAAAUAUGGCUUGAAGCGUUUGACUGGCGCCAACAAGAGGCGAGGAUCCAUAAGUUCCCCAACUUCAAGAUGACUGUUGAUGAUCCGGAGUCUGGGGAAAUUGAGGUGCAUUUCUUGGCUUUGUUCUCCUCGAAGACGGACGCUAUACCGUUCAUUUUCCUACAUGGAUUCCCGGGUUCAGUUUUCGAGCUUUUACCCAUGAUGGAGCUCCUUCUCGAUAAGUACACACCCGCAACUCUACCAUACCACGUCAUCGUACCAUCACUGCCAAAUUACGGACUAUCUGGCAGUCCUAGUAAGAACGUCGAGAUGACUUUGGAGCAGGCUGCGCGAAUCAUGCACCAGUUGAUGAUGGACCUUGGGUUCAGCGAGGGAUACGUUGCUCAGGGCGGCGAUCUCGGCAGUAUGUUAGCGAGGAUUAUGUCAACGAACCACAAAGAGUGUAAAGCUUUUCACGUCAAUAUGCUAACGCUGAAUCCCGGAGAAACUGCACCUUCGUCUGAUGGUGUGUCUGUUGAGGAGCUGCGGGAAAUGGAGCGAACUGAAACCUGGGCUCAGACUGGCUUGGCAUUUGCACUUGAGCAUGGCACUCGCCCUGCUACUGUUGGGCUGGCUAUUGCUUCCAAUCCGCUUUCUUUGCUGGCUUGGAUUGGCGAGAAGUUCCUUGAGUGGGUUGACCAACGAGAACCAUUGCCCCUCGAUACCAUCUUGGCUAUGGCAAGCUUCUAUUGGUUCACGGAUACGUUUCCUCGCAGCCUAUACCACGCAGAGGUCCUACAAACACUUCUCAAAGGAAAUCCCAUGCCAAUAUCGAAAGAAAAACCGCUUGGAUAUUCCCAAUUUUCGCGAGAUCUUGCCUUGCUUCCCAAAGCCUGGGCUUAUCAGCUUUACCCGAAUUUAGUAUUCUUUAAGGCACAUGAGAUGGGAGGGCAUUUUGCGAGGCUGGAGCAACCAAUGUUAUUCCUAGAGGACAUCGAGAACUUUUCCAAAUGUAUUCACGAAAUCUUUGCAUCUUCAUAA